GGCAAACACUGUGGGGUGAGAGUGGCGAUGGGUGCUGGUGUGGGGGGGUUGGGAAAUGUAUCGUACGGGAAGCCGGUUGAAACUGUUAUAAUUAACUGAGAAUCAUGAUACGUGAAAGUGCAGUGACAUGACUGUUCCUAAUGAACCACUAGUCUUAUUCUUCGUGUGGUGUUUCUUGAAUACCAGUAUGUUGACUAAUACAUAUUAUACUUUGUGAUUCGUUGUAAUGUGGUGUGAGCAUGGCCCAUAUCAAAAUGUCAGGACGUAAGAGCCAGAAUUUUACGCCUGAAGAGUUUCCAAUGACUGUGAGGACAGAAGGCAGUGCACAACUCAUCACGGAAGAAGGAAGAAGAAACACUCACUGUGGUGUGGACGCACUAACGGAGGAUGAGCAGCACGCGCAUAAGACUGAAACAACGGGACUCCUGAAUACACAAACAAAGGCAUCACUCUACUUCAGGGAUAAAAAACGCAGCAUUGACUUUGUGAUUGUAUGGGAUGAGCACAAUGAAAAAGCAGUAACACAUGAAUCUCGUGAGAGGCGACGUAUAUUUGAAAAGAAUCUAAUUCAAGAAGGACUUGAACUUGAAUAUGAAAAGCCAGAACCAAAUGGAUUGGUUUUUAUUAAGAUCCAUGCACCGAUGGAGGUGCUGCGACGGUAUGGUGAGAUUCUCAAGCUCCGUAUGCCAAUGAAAGAGGAUCUAUGCCAGGUCCACAAGAUCGUUAGAAUGAAUCCCUUGUUGCAUGCAACAUUUUUCCUGUCACAAAAGAUCCCAGCACUGCAAGAAGUUCAUCAGAAAACGCACAACAUUUUGGACGGAGUCACUUCGUUAGCAGCUCGUGCUACAGCUCCUCUUAAAGUGGAUCCAACACUUUUUCCUAAAUCCAACCAGCGUUAUACAGCUGUUUACAGCAGAGACCGGGAGUACUUGUUUGAUAUAAAGGCACCUGGGUUUUUUACACCAGCCAUCCAUUCACGUAUUGUACAGUUCAUACUUGAUCGCAACCGUUUCUCAGAAGCUGAACAUGAUGACUUUGCAUUUGGUAUUGAAAGACUCAUUGCAGAAGCAGCUUACGUUGCAGCAUAUCCUCUGCAUGAUGGUGAUCUCAAAACAACUGGCAGUAUGCGCUACAAGCUGUACACGGAGUGGGCUUCCGUCUCCAAGUGCUUCCACUACCAGCCACUGGAUUACAUCAAGGAAUAUUUUGGUGUCAAAAUUGCCUUGUAUUUUGCGUGGUUGGGCUUCUAUACACAUAUGCUGUUACCUGCCUCUGUUGUUGGAAUAAUCUGUUUCAUAUACAGCUGUGUUACCCUUUAUGACAAUCAACCAAGUGAAGACAUCUGUAACAGUCAACUAAACAUCACCAUGUGUCCUCUGUGUGACUACUUCUGUAGUUUCUGGAAUCUUGCAGAAACAUGCCUUCAUGCACGAAUAACGUAUCUUUUUGACAAUCCUACAACAGUCUUCUUUGCCGUGUUCAUGUCAUUUUGGGCUGCAACAUUCUUAGGACUAUGGAAGCGCUACUCUGCUGAAAUCACACAUCGCUGGGACCUCACUGCAUUCGAUAUCCGAGAGGAACACCCCAGGCCGCAGUAUUUGGCCAGGCUUGCACACGUAAAGCGCAAGCACAUCAACAUUGUUACCAACACCAUGGAACCAUGUGUGCCCUUUUGGAAAGUCCGUCUGCCAGCUACAAUUCUCAGUUUUUCUGUCGUCAUGCUUUUGGUAGCACUAGCAGUUGCUGCUGUUCUGGGUGUUGUGUUGUAUCGGAUGUCUCUUAUGGCUGCACUAUCAGUUUGUAAUGAAAAACUGGAUGCAAGCUGUGCAUUCAAAAGUUAUGCCAUGAUUUUUACAACUGCAACAGCUGCUUCCAUUAACCUUUGUUGCAUCAUGGUCUUCAAUUAUGUUUACCAGUGGCUUGCAGAACUUUUAACAGAGUUGGAACUUCUACGUACACAGACUGAAUUUGAUGAUAGUCUCACACUUAAAAUUUAUCUUCUUCAGUUUGUAAAUUAUUAUGCUUCUAUAUUCUACAUAGCAUUUUUCAAAGGCAAAUUUGUGGGAUAUCCAAAAGAGUACAAUCGUCUCUUCUCAUACAGGCAGGAAGAGUGCAGUCCUGGAGGAUGUCUAAUGGAGUUAUGCAUUCAGCUUGGAAUUAUAAUGAUUGGCAAACAAGCUAUGAACACACUACUUGAAAUGUUGUUUCCAUUAUUCUUCAAAUGGCUGAAUACAUUGAAAGUGAAGACAGGAUUUCGGAAGAAAGGACUGGAAUCAUGCCGGUCAAGGUGGAUGAAAGACUUUAAACUGGUAGAAUGGGGCCCACGUGGACUCUUUCCAGAAUAUCUUGAGAUGGUGCUGCAGUAUGGUUUUGUUACCAUUUUUGUGGCUGCUUUCCCAUUGGCACCAUUCUUCGCAUUACUGAACAAUAUUCUUGAGAUGCGUCUGGAUGCCAAAAAGUUGCUAACUUUUUACCGGAGGCCAGUAACACAGCGUGUCAGAGAUAUUGGUGUCUGGUUUCGUAUCUUGGACUCAAUUGGAAAAUUGUCUGUAAUUAGUAAUGGAUUCAUCAUUGCCUUCACAUCAGACUUCAUACCCCGAAUGGUGUACAGAUUGACUGUCUCACCUGACCAUACUUUAAAGGGAUACCUGAAUCAUUCAUUAUCAUACUUCAAUACAAGUGAUUUUGAGCCAGGUUCGGAGCCACAAGUUGGCAAUGGAGAUGUGACUAUAUGCAGGUAUCCUGAUUUCCGUGAGCCUCCUUGGUCACCCAACAAGUAUGAAAAAACAGCAAUGUUCUGGCAUGUCCUAGCUGCCCGACUUGCUUUUGUUGUUGUGUUUGAGAAUGUGGUAGCCCUUGUGAUGAUACUUGUCCGAUGGGGAAUACCUGAUAUGCCAGGUGAUUUGCGUGAUCAGAUCCGCCGUGAGACAUACAUAACUAAUGAGAUCAUCAUAAGACAAGAGGCAAUGAGGGCACGGGGUGACAUACCAGAAGAAGGUGACUUGUUGUUGGGAGGAGGAACAGAAAAUGAUGAUGAUUCUGAUGAUGGGGACGGGCCUGCAACUGUUUUUUGGCACAAGAUGACAGGUUCUGAAUUGGACUUAGCAGGAGUUGGUUUGCCUACAGAGAACAAUAUUGGAAUCGGACGGGGAACGUCGCAGUCGGGGCCUGUUGCUGUUUGAAGCCAGCUCCUGUACACAUACACUGCCUUUUUCGCAUUGCUACUUAUUAAAGAAUAUAAUGUAUUCACAUAAUGAAAUUUUGAAAGGUAAUGUAACCAAAUUGUGGUAAAUAAACCACUGAGUGAGUACAGUGACCAAAAAAAGAGAAUAUAUUUCAUUUGUAAAGUUGUUAAAAGUUAUAAUGUAUUGAAGGUGUUUCAUGUGUUUUGAUGUAUAAAUUUGUAUGUAUUCCUGCCAUAAUAUUUACUCCAAGUACAGAAGUUGUUACCACAUAUUGCCCAUAUUUUAAAUUUAAGUGUUUUUUGUAAUAAAUAUCAUCAAUAAUAUUGUGAUGAGAAGCUGCUAAGCAGAAACAAUUCCAUUCAUAUUUAAUGUACAAUAUUUUAUUAAUGAGUUCAUGCAAUAUUUUCAAGCUCUGCAUGAAAUUUCAAUUGCAUUGGAAGGCUGUGACAGGUUGUGCAAUAUAGAUGGAAAACUAUUUUAUCUUAUAACAGUUAAAUAUCCAGCUUUGUGUAGGAUUGUUGUGCUAGUAUUUUAAAAAUAAUGACACAUUGUUUGGAACACUAGUGACAAAUCACAAAGUGAUAUUAGUUCCUACUACACUAAGUGUAGUCAAUUUUAACUCUUUGAAUUUCUUAAUAGUUUAACAUAAUACCAAGUAUAUUGUAAUGUUAAAGCUUAACAGAUGUUUUGACAUUAUUGGUGUUACAUAUCAUACUUCAUUUUGUAUAUUAGACUUGAUCAUAUCAAGCAAAGAAAAUUAAGCAGUUAUGGCAUGUUGUCAAGAAUAUUUUGUGCUUCCAUGUCAAUUAUUGGUUGGUCAGAGCUUUUAAUAGUAUUAUUUUGUAUGGCCAAGUACAGAAAAAAAAUACAGCACAGCCAUAGGGAAAGUCCCAUGGGUUGUAUGUGCCACUGCCUUAGUUUUUGACAUUGUGGCAUACAAAAUUGUAUUACAGUAUUACAUCUCAGAACAGAUUUGCACUUCUUUAUCUGUUCAGUCAUUGUUUGGCACACAAUACAUGCCAUCAAAACAACUAAAAGAGAUGUACCACACAAAACUGGUAUGAAAAUAAAUGGAAUAAGAGGAUAUUGCAUUAGGUAGCACUGUUUGCACUGUUGCCCUUCUGUGCUAUCAGCAUAAUCUAUUAUUGUGUGACACAUUCUCUAUGAGGUGCUUGACUGUUGUCCUCAAGGCUAUUGCAUGGUACUGUGUUUACGUGUGAGUUGCCCUUAAGUGCUGUUCUGUGCCAUGUGCUUCAUGCAUCAUCUGAUGCCAUCAGGUUCCUGUCAGCAUUCAGUAUAGACUGAUUCAGUUCAGAAGAAUAUUCUUUAAAAAGAGCACUGUUUGUGUGGCCAUUACCACAAUGAAAAUGAGUGUGUUACCUGUUUUUGUUCAUCCGCCUUCUGUUCUUCCACUUAAACCUGUGCGUAAUGAUUGCCAUUUCAGGAGAUCUUGCCAUACUAUAAUCCAAAUGCUGUUACUCACAUGUACAUGGACAAACACGUGUGUGUGUGUGUGUGUGUGUGUGUGUGUGUGUGUGUGUGUGUGUGUGUGUGUGUGUGUGUGUGCGCACGCGCGCCCUCAGAAACCAAUAUGAAAACCAGAAAUAUCGUAAUAUGUCUUGAUUGAGAUUGACACAAUUCUAGUUGUCUACUGUAGGGACUUUUAAUCUCUGCAUGCACCACAAUUCUAAGCAUGUGGGAAAAGAAUAGAUUUCCUUGCCAUGAAUCAGCAGAAAUCUACAUACUUUGGAAACAUAGUAUUUCUGUCAACCUUUACCACCAAGAAACUGUUAAACUUCUGUUUUUAUUGUGUGUUUCAUAAUUGUGCACAAUAAUACAUGGUUCCCUGGUUCCUUGUCCGUUAUAGGUGCUGGCUACACUACCUCUUUUUCAGUUCAUGAAACAUUAUGUGCUUAGUUCAAAAGACAAAAAACAGAACCAAUUUGAGGUCCCACAUCAUCUGUAGCAACACUACAUGAGUGAACAAGAGCUAUCCUCCUCCUCCUCCUCAGCUUCCUCACUUCUGUAAUUCUGUCCCCAUUACACUCUUAUCCCGAGCUAGACAACACAGCAGUAAGGCAGUGGACUUGCUUUCAGGAAAGCAGUUGAAAUCCCCAUCCAGAUUUUUCUUUGUAUCCCCAAAAUCAGAUAACACAAAAGCCAGUAUAGUCCCUUUGAAGACAACAAGUCCAGUUCCCUUCCCAGUCUGAGCUGUAGUGUCAUUUCAAAUGUGUUCAGCAUUAAUCAAUGAUCUUCCUUCCUUUUGCACCCCUUAGAACCAAGAAUUCAUUAACACCUCUCACAGGAGCCACAACACUGAUGUUGUCCCAUUACUUCAAUUAAUUACAUUAUUUUUCAAAAUUAUAGAGAACUGACCUCAGUUAAGCAUAUACAAAAUGUAACCUAGUGACAUUUUAAAAAUGAGCCCUUAAAGUACAAGUGGUGUAACUAACAUUAUCUUUGUGUUGAGAUAUUUAAUGUUUUAUUAGAGUCGUUAUACAAAAGUCAGCAAAGUAUAAUUUCAUGUUUUUUUUUUUUUUUUUACCUUAAAUGUCCUCAUUAAGUUUUUGUGUUUUUACAGGUGUGUAACUGUAGUUACACCACUUGUGUCGUAGCCACGAGGAGGAUAUUAUUGAUAACAAAAACAUUCAUGACUGUAAAAAAUACUGUAUUGAUAAGUUUAAUACCCUCGGUUAACAUUAUUUUCUACUCGAUGUAACUGCUUGCAUAUGAGUUAAGUAGUGGAUCACUUCUUGUAGUAGUUGUGAUGAACUGGGGGAUUGUACGAUAAAAGGUCUAUCAUGACAACAAAAACAAUCAGUUAUUGACAAAAUUAUUUAAAAGGAUAGAUAAAAGAAUCCACUCGCCAAGCAGUGGCAGAACAUACACAUAGAAGACGGUUGUAAUUGGCAAGCUUUCGGAGCCAGUGGCUCCUCCUUCAGGCAGAAGGGUUGAAGAGCAAGGAAGAGCGAUGAAGGGAAAGAACUGGAGAGGUCUAGGAAAAGGGGUAGAUUUUGGGAAAGCCACUCAGAACCGUGAGCCUGCGGAGACUUACCGUAAAGGAUGAGAAGGAAAGACUGACUGACUGGGGAUUGCCAUUGGCUCCGAAAGCUUGCCAAUUACAACUGUAUUUUAUGCGUGUGUUCUGCCACUGCCUGGUGAAAAGGUCUAUCGUGUUAUUUUUUCCUUUGUGACAGGGAGUGGAUCUCUGUAAAGCUUCUCUUGAUCGAUAUUAUGAACUUUGACAGAUUACCCAUUUUUAAAUGUUGGCGUAAAGUUUAACUUAUAAAACAGCAUGUCUUCUGAAAUUGUGUCCUUAAAAAGAAACGUGAAUGGUUCACUCCUUUGGUACCGAAUCCAUUGCGACACAAGGUAUCCCUCACUGUCGUUCCUUUUUAGUAGGAUUUCAGUAGACAAAAAGUCAUUGUUACGCAUAACAGCAACACGAAUUAUAUAUACCUAUAAAUGACCUGUUACCAAUCAUUAGCAGUGAAAAUCUAUCACGUCCUGCUGAAAUUUUCUGAAGUGAGGUUUAUGUUCCUGUUUAAGCCUUCUGUUUUCUUCUUCAUCUGUUGUUUAUUUGAAUUUGUUGACGAAAACACCAUGCUUUACACAAGUGUCAUAGUGCAGAGCAUGGAUUUGCAAAUUGAACUCAUUUUUGAAAGUUCUACGAUAAAUGUGCUCUUCCACAGGUUGAUUUCCUUGGCUUACAAUAUGGUCUUUGAACACAUUGUAUAGCAGUCGUAUCUUUAAAUCUGAUAAAUACUUUCUGUUUGGGUUAUGGCUUCUUUACUGUGAUUGAUAACAGGGAAAUGAUGAAAUUUGUUCCCUUACUAGUACCAUUUUUUUGUCAGGGGUUUUGUUUGCAGGAAUUUCCUUGCCUCAUUUGUCAUCACCUAGGGAUUCUCCUGUAUUCACUUUUUUAAGGGCUCACGUUAUUCUCCUAUCAGUUUUUACAUACAAUUUCACUUUUGCCAUCAACAAUCAGAUAACUGUAUUAGUAGUACUGUUUCCUUUUUGGCAUUAGUUGUUGAUUGACAACAUUGUGGUGAUUCUUCUUUGGCCAGGCCACAUAUCAAUGUGUUUUGAGCAGAAUAAGUUUCAUUUUUCCAAGAAGACUCAUAAACACUUUAUCAUUCUUUCUCUGCAAUUCUAUUUGAACCUUUUUUUUUCUUUUUUUUUUUUUUGUUACGGCAGCAGUUGGGAUUUCUAAAUUCUUUUCCAGCAACAGUUUUUGCUUUUCUUGUAGUGUAAGCUUUCUCUACAUUACAUUUUCUUUGUCUUUUAUCAUGUUUCCACUCACUUUUAUUUCUUUUUCGACUUCUCUUUGGCUGGCCCUCUACAACUGCUUCUGCUUCAUCGCCAACAUUGUUCGAAUUUCUCAUCUUCUGAAACUAAGAAAUUACCAUAGGUGAAGCCUGUAAAAUUACAGAAAAGUCGUAUCGGUCCUUAUGAUUUUCAUAAAGGUACAGACAGUAGGGCUAAGAGUUUUAUUGUACAUUUUUGUUUCCUUUUAUUUACUGUUAUGGUCUCAGAGAUAACCAGAUUUACAACCUCUGCUACACACAGUAGGCUUAAAUGCUGACAGGACUAGUGGUGUAACCCCAUUUUUAGAUUAUCUGUGCAUUUAAUUUUUAAUAAUGUGACAUGUUUUGGCUCUUAAAAUAUACUUAAUAUACAAAACUUUAAUGUAAUGAAAGCUUGUAAGCACAUUGAGCUUUAAAUAAUUAAGAGUAAUGUAUAAAAAAUAAAAGAAAUGGACAACUCUUACCUGCAGUACAGGACAGACUAAGUUUGACGAUAAAUACUAAUCUUUGGAUCCAUUAUCUGCCAAAUUACUUGGCUCACCAAUAUUCUCUUCAUCAAUGGAGUCCAUGGUAAACUAUACUGGACUUAAACUAAUAAAGUUCUGUAUUUUGAACAAAAAAAUGUACUCUGUGUAUCAACACAACUGGAUUAGUUGCACAUCUAGUAGUGUAACUCCCAGUUGCACCACUUGUGUUGUCUGUUAACAGAUGGAGUCAUUGACUGCAAAAACAUCUGCUGCUACCUAUGCCGUAGCUGGUGCUUUACAACUUAGUUUGUGCACCAUCGUAAAUUAUUGUAUAUGUACUAUCCAGAGCGUACAGUUUGCAGUGCUGCUCUGCAGACAGUUGUCACCUUAUAUACUACACCAUUUCUGCAAUUAACAUAACUAUUUUUUCUGAACAAGAUCCUAUUACUAGCUGAGAGAGGAGAGAGCACAGAGGGGGGGAUAUACACGACUUGUGCUUUAAGGUGCUCAAAUGUAAAGGACUGCAGGUGACGUGUUUAACAUUUUUCGCCAGUAAAACUAUGACUAAAGGAGAUGUGAGAGAGAAACAUAAGCAGUCAUGUUCUAGAUACUUUUCAUGACUGGGCACUGAAUCAAUGUUUCAGACUAUGGCUAUUUUGGUUUGUGCACUUCUAAAUAGCCUUUGCUUCACCCCAAUAUAUUAUCCCAUUUGGCAGACCUAAAAGACAAAUUCUCUUGAGUCAAACAUUCAACACAUCUUCAUCAAAAGUUAUCUUCUUACAAAUUUCCUAGUAGUGAGAUUCACGCCCUCAGAUUCCGUAAUAAGGUGCUAAAGCAUGGUGAUGAAAAACUGAGUUAGGCACAGAAGCUGCAUUUCUUCUCAGUGCGCAGUGCAUUGGUAUAGUGGUGCUUUUAAAUAUGCUGUGUGUAGACAUCUUCAUCAUACGAAGAUAAAUUGCACUAGAAUUAUAGGUUUCAUGGCUGUGCAAAUAGCAUUUGUUAUAAUGCUUCUCAAACACAAAGAGCAGUGGCAGUGUCAAUAUAAACAUACAAUAUGUAGAGGGAAUGAAAUGACACCAUUUUUUUUACUAUAUACGUGUGUGUGUGUGUGUGUGUGUGUGUGUGUGUGGGUGUGGGUGUGGGUGUGGGUGUGUGUGCGUGCGUUCAUCUCUUUAUUUGUAAAAUUCUGUACUUAAUGACUAUUUUAGUAAUGAAAUGAAAAGUAAAUUUCCUGAGAAAUGGAUGUGUGAGCAAAAGUUGUAGCAAAACAAAGAGUAAAAACUAUGGACUGAUAAAGCAAUAAAAUAUUGGAAGAAUAUUAAUCCAUUGUGUUUUUUAAUGUAAUUGAUAUGCAUUUUCAUUCCUUUGUGCUGCUUUCCUGUUCCAUGAAAAUGAAGUUAACGUGUAUUGUGUUCUGUAAAAUCAGCCUGUUUUCCUUUUGAUAUAUAAGUAAAAUGACGAAAAAGAAAUUGUUGUGGCCAAAUAUUUUAGAAGAAAUCAGCUACUGAAAGAGUGAAGACAACUGCGCAGUGCAUAGUAGGUGCGCUAUCCACUUGAGAGAAGUUUGGCACUUAUACAAAAAUAUAAACACUAUAGCUCUGCUUAUGUAUUUGCAUUCCUCUUCAAACUGUAUUCUGUUUCAGCUCAUGUCUCUUAGAUUUUGUGUGCACAUGCACAUUUAUAUUCUUCACAUUGAAAGUUAAUGGCAUGGGUUUGACAAUAAUCAAUCAUGCAUCAAUGACGUUUUUUCACCUCUGCCCAUACUACCGCAGUCCUGUGUCAUCCAACUUCAGCAAUGUAAAGAAUAACAAAUAUCAUCAUCCAUACAAUAAAGAACUACUACUCAUCCUUGGAUGCUAUCUCAAUGUUAAAAGAAAGCCAAUUGGCAUGUAUCAUUGAUAGCCAGUUCAUCUUGACCUCACUUUGUGUCGAGAAAAAUAACCUUGCUGAGAGGCAGUAGUACAUUUAAAAUAAGUUAUCUAUAAAAAAGGCAUACAGUUGUAGUCUGCCCAACAAGUUGAAUUUCCUCCAUGAGGGUCCUGAUCCAUUUAUGUUCCAAAGCACUAUGGUAGUAGGUGGUGGUGUUCCAUUUUCCACAGAAUUUGAGAUCCUCCAAACAACUGGCAAUUAUCUGAUGAGAGGUUCUGUUCGGAUAUAAUAGUCUACGGAUUUUGUAGGGUGGUCUAAGUAGUCCAUUAUCACGGUAUUUCCAACAAAUGGGCUGUAUCUCACCCAGAUAGUGAUUUCGUUGCUCCACAGAUAUCAGCACCAUUGCCAACAAGAGAAGCUGUUAUAAUGUUGACAGCAAAGUGAAGCAAAAAGAUGCACUUCUGUUUCUGAUCCUUCUCUGUGUACAUUGUAGUGUUGCAGGAACUUACCUUUUUAUUUGUUUUGUCAUCAACUGUUUUACAC